AUGGCUGUGUUACAUUCCUCUUUCGACUUGUCUACACCCUCUUCAGCACCAGCACGGUGGGUCUCAACAACUGCUCCAACUCCUAAACUGCGGGAUAGCUGUGAUGCUUGCGCGUCUUCCAAGGUCAAGUGCCACAAAGAGAAACCGACUUGUUCCCGUUGUGCAAAAGAGGCCUCACUUGCAAAUACAUCGUCACUAAACGGGCUGGUCGAAAGCAUGAAAAUCUCCUUGUUCUCUGCACUCACAAACUUGAACACCGAUCUCGAUGAUUUCUUUGGCUCUCCUUUAUCAUUCUCUAUUUCUGAAACCACUGAGGCCGCCGAUCCAGACCUUCUCGGUCACUCUCGCUUCUUCUCCGGAGAAAUCGGUAGUAGCAGCAAUGGUGCCGCAGCCCUGGUUUUGUCCGACUACACAUUGUCCGUCUUCGAGCGGCUGCCUAGCUUAUCAACUCCCCACUCCCCUCCCAAUAGCCGAGCUUGUCCAAGGAAAGAUGAGCGGAGCUACCAAGGGCUCGGCAUGGUGUUUAAUAGAACGUAG